AUGGGGCUGUGGAACCAGAGCUCCGUGGCUGAGUUCAUCCUCCUAGGCCUUGCAGAGGGGAUGCUUGCAGAAACCGCACUUUUCUUCCUCUUCUUGGCCACAUACCUCAUCACCUUGGUAGGGAACUGCAUGAUGGUCAUGCUGAUUGGAGCUGAGCAUCGCCUACACACUCCCAUGUACUUCUUCCUUCUCCACCUGUCUCUGCUGGACCUGUGCUACUCCUCGGUUACCAUCCCGCAAAUGUUGGUGCACCUCCUCUCCAGGCGUAAGGCCAUCACCUUUGCCCGAUGUGCCUUUCAGAUGUACAUCUUCCUGGUUUUCGGGAUGGCAGAAUGUGUGCUGUUGGGCAUCAUGGCCUAUGACCGCUACGUGGCUAUCUGCCACCCCUUGCACUACACUACUAUCAUGAGCUGGCGCUUCUGCAGCUGGACAGCAGGAGCUGCCUGGGUGAGUGGCUUCCUCAACUCAUUCAUCGUCAUCAUCUUUGCCCUGCGCCUGCCCUACCAUGGCCAAAACCGCAUCAACCAGUUCUUCUGCGAGGUUCCUGCAGUGAUUAAGUUGGCAUCAGCUGACCAUACCGAAGCGGAGAUAGUUGUGUUUGUCUUUGGCUCCCUUCUGCUGCUUCUGCCCUUUGUCCUCAUUGCUGCCUCCUAUGCCCGCAUUGGGCUGGCCAUCUUGCGCAUACGCUCAGCCGAGGGCCGCCGGAGGGCUGCCUCGACCUGCGCCUCACAUCUCCUGGUGGUGAGCCUUUUCUAUGGCUCAGCUCUCUUUGCUUACAUGAGGCCCAGCUCUGUCAGCUCUGCCACUGGCCAGGAUAAGGCCGUGUCUGUUUUCUACACUGUGGUAACCCCUAUGAUGAACCCUCUAAUCUACAGCCUUCGAAACAAGGAGGUGAAGGGUGCCUUGAAUAAAUUACUGAGUCGGAAAAUAUUCUCACCGGCAACCUGA